UCGCUGCUCUACAAGAAGGUGAACGAGGCUCAGUACCGCAGCCACCUGGCCAACGAGAUGAUGAUGUACCACAUGAAGGUGAGUGACGAUGAGUACACCAAGCUGCUGAGUGAGGGCAUCCAGCCCGUGUCGACCAUCGACCCCAACUUCGCCAGCUUCACCUACACGCCGCGCUCGCUGCCCGAGGACGACACCUCCAUGGCCAUCCUGAGCAUGCUGCAAGACAUGAACUUCAUCAACAACUACAAGAUGGACCGCCAGACGCUCACCAGGUUCUGCCUGAUGGUGAAGAAGGGCUACCCCCACCCCCCCUACCACAACUGGAUGCACGCCUUCUCCGUCUCCCACUUCUGCUACCUGCUCUACAAGAACCUGGAGCUCGUCAACUACCUGGAAGACAUCGAGAUCUUUGCCCUCUUCAUCUCCUGCAUGUGCCACGACCUGGACCACAGAGGCACCAAUAACUCCUUCCAGGUGGCCUCGGUGAGCCGAGCCCCGCUCCUGGCCCCGCUGUACAGCUCGGAGGCCUCCGUCAUGGAGAGGCACCACUUCGCCCAAGCCAUCGCCAUCCUCAACAGUCAGGGCUGCAACAUCUUCGACCACUUCUCCCGCAAGGACUACCAGCGUAUGCUGGACCUCAUGAGGGACAUCAUCUUGGCCACCGACCUGGCUCACCACUUGCGCAUCUUCAAGGACCUCCAGAAGAUGGCAGAAGUGGGCUACGACCCCAAGAACAAGCAGCACCGCAGCCUUCUGCUCUGCUUGCUCAUGACCUCCUGCGACCUCUCCGACCAGACCAAGGGCUGGAAGACCACCAGGAAGAUCGCGGAGCUGAUCUACAAGGAGUUCUUCUCCCAGGGUGACCUGGAGAAGGCCAUGGGCAACCGCCCACUGGAGAUGAUGGACCGGGAGAAAGCCUACAUCCCCGAGCUGCAGAUCAGCUUCAUGGAGCACAUCGCCAUGCCCAUCUACAAGUUGCUGCAGGACCUCUUCCCCAAGGCGGCGGAGCUCUACGAGAGGGUGGCCAGCAACCGGGAGCAGUGGACGAAGGUGUCCCACAAAUUCACCAUCCGGGGUUUGCCCAGUAACAACUCCCUGGACUUUCUGGAUGAGGAAUACGACCCGCAAGCUCCCGACCCCCAACUCAACGGCUGCCUGGAGCCCGAUGUGGGGCAGCCCGAGGCGGGGGCCGAGUGA